AUGACCUCCGCCCCACCCACCGCACCAAUCAAAGUCGCCUUCAUCGGCCUCUCAACCCAAGGCUGGGCAUCCACAACACUCGCCCCAUCACUCACCCACCCCUCCCUCCGUUCUACCUACUCCCUCGUAGCCGUAUCAACCACAUCCCCCUCCUCCGCUCUCCAAACCGCGGAAAAAUGGUCCCGCGAACUUGGACAUGAAGUGAGGGCGUUUCAUGGGGAUGUUGAGUCCAACCUCCUUCGAGGUGCUGCAGACACCCACUGGGGAAACGAGUCUGAUAACGUCAAGUCCGACAACGACGAGUCCAAGAACGACGAUUCCGAUAACAAAUUAAACAACAACAAUAACGCCGGCAAGCUGCCCUUUGACUUUGACCUAGCAGUAAUCUCGAUCCGGCCCCUCUCGCACCAACCCACCCUCCUCCCCAUCAUCCGCUCCAAAAAGGACUUCUUCAUCGAAUGGCCCGUCGGGCGCAACUCGUACGAAACGCGCGAAAUAGCCGCCGAAGCUCGAAGGCAUAGUGUUCGCUCCAUUGUAGGGCUGCAGGGGCGGUUGGGUUGGGCUGUGAAUAAGGCGAAAGAGAUCAUCGAGAGCGGCAAGAUCGGAAAAGUUCUUUCAACGAACGUGGUCGCCCUCUGCCCCCGCGAACUCCACCUAUUCGGUCCAGAAGCGAAAGCGAGCCUCAGAGAGUACCUCGAGAAUAAGGAAAACGGCGCCAACGUCCUAACAGGCCCCAUCGGGCACCACCUCGACACACUCACCUACCUCCUCGGUCCAUUCACCCAAAUAAGCGCCACCUCCACCACACACUACCCAUCCUCCUCCCUCGUCGACGACGAAGGAAACCCCACAGGCGAAACAAUCACGACACCCGGGGACGACCACAUCGCCAUCACCGGCCUCCUCUCCACCGGCACGCUCUCGAGCAUCCUCUGGCGCGCAGGGCAGAAAGCUAGUACACCCGGUCGAACGAGCUUCCUCUGGUCUAUCGACGGGGAAGACGGGACGAUCGAGCUGAGAGGAAAGGAAGGUGUGGUGACGGGGGCGUUUAUUAAUAUCUCUGAGCCUGAGCUGUUCGUUAAUGGAGAUAAAGUUGAUGUGGAUGGAUAUGCGGAUGAGGGUGUGGAUAAGGAUUGGGCGGGGAAGAGGGAGUUGGGUCCACUCGCACCACUCAUCCGCGGAUGGGAGGAGUUCGCGAAAGGAGAAGAGGGUAAGCAUGCAACCAUCGAAGACGCCGUGCGUGUCAAACGCCUUGUCGAUGCCAUCGAGGAAAGUCUUAGCACAGGGAAACGUAUUACUGUCUGA